CCAAUCAUUCACUUCAGUCUAUAUCAACUACAAUCCCUCCCUUGUGAACUCCACAACGAACUGUCCAAUUUCAGCACUGCUCUCUCUCUCCCUCUCUCUCUCCCUCUCCCUCUGCGAAAAUGGUUCUAGUUGAUGCCCAUGCUGGCAAAGACGGUACAGAUGAUGGAGCUCUGGAUUUCAGGGGAAACCCUGUGGACAAGACACGAACCGGGGGAUGGCUUGGUGCAGGGCUCAUUCUAGGAACUGAAUUUGCGGAGAGGGUAUGUGUGAUGGGGAUAUCAAUGAAUUUAGUGACAUAUUUAGUCCAAAAUCUGCAUAUUUCAGCAGCAAAAUCAGCAACAAUCGUGACUAAUUUCAUGGGCACUCUUAAUCUUUUUGGCCUCCUAGCCGGUUUCUUAGCAGAUGCCAAACUUGGCCGUUACUUGACAGUUGCAAUCUUUGCAUCCAUAACUGCCUUGGGGGUGAUUUUGUUGACGGUAGCCACAACCAUUCCUAGCAUGAGACCCCCUUCAUGCAGUGACUACAUGAGGCAGCACCACCAGUGCAUAGAGGCCAACGGCAGUCAACUAGCCAUGCUCUAUGCUGCUCUCUAUACUAUAGCCCUAGGUGGUGGAGGAAUAAAGUCCAAUGUUUCUGGUUUUGGUUCUGAUCAAUUCGAUAACUCUGAUCCCAAAGAGGAGAAGGCCAUGAUUUUCUUCUUCAAUAGGUUCUAUUUCUGUGUUAGCAUAGGCUCCUUGUUUGCAGUAACAGUGCUGGUGUAUAUACAAGAUAAUGUGGGAAGAGGGUGGGGUUAUGGAAUAUCAGCAGUGACAAUGGUGAUAGCAGUCACAAUCUUGCUUGGUGGGACACCAUUUUACCGAUUCAAGAUGCCUCGAGGUAGCCCUUUAACUGUCAUAUGGAGAGUCAUAUUCUUGGCUUGGAGGAAGAGGAACCUCCCUUAUCCUUCUCAUCCCAGUUUGUUGAAUGAGUACCACAAUGCCAAGGUCUCUCACACUCAAAGAUUCAGGUGUCUCGACAAGGCUGCAAUCCUAGAAGACUAUUAUUCUGCCAGUGGAAACAAGGACAACCCUUGGAUAGUUUCUACAGUGAACCAAGUUGAAGAGGUGAAGAUGGUAAUAAAGCUCCUUCCCAUCUGGUCCACAUGUAUCCUCUUUUGGACAGUCUACUCUCAAAUGACAACUUUCACGAUUGAGCAAGCCACCUUCAUGAACCGAAAACUUGGCUCCUUUGUUGUUCCUUCAGGUUCUUUCUCUGUCUUCCUCUUCAUCUCCAUUCUUCUCUUCACUUCCCUAAAUGAAAGGAUCUUUGUCCCAUGUGCUCGGAAACUCACCCACAAUGUCCGAGGAGUUACAAGCCUUCAGAGGGUUGGCAUUGGACUCAUUUUCUCGAUGGUGGCUAUGGUAACUGCUGCUAUUGUUGAAAAGCAAAGGAGGGAAGCUGCUGUUCAACACAAGACUGAAAUCAGUGCAUUCUGGCUAGUACCUCAGUUCUUCCUAGUGGGUGCUGGGGAAGCCUUUGCUUAUGUAGGACAACUAGAGUUCUUCAUCAGAGAGGCACCAGAUAGGAUGAAAUCAAUGAGCACAGGACUCUUUUUAAGCACCCUUGCAAUGGGGUUCUUUGUUAGUAGUUUGCUAGUGUCUCUGGUAGACAAAGUGACCAACAUGAGAUGGCUUAGGAGCAAUUUGAAUAGGGGGAAAUUGGACAACUUUUAUUGGAUGCUUGCAGUCCUAGGAGUAUUGAAUUUCUUGGUUUUUCUUGUCUUUGCAAUGAGACACCAGUACAAGACACUACAGUACAAAAGCCCUGAUGUUUAUGAGGAGAAUGAGCUAAAGAAGGGAUGGAAUGAAGGUAUCACCAGCGAAAUGGAGAAGAAAGAGAGAGUUGAAGGAAAGGAGGAGCCUUAGAUCAUACACUUUCAACUGUUUGUUUAUGUUAUUUUUAGCCCUAUAGUCUAUUCACAUACUAUAUUUUAAUCAUGUACUAUCUUGGAAGAAAGAAAUAUAACAUUUUUAGUUAUAUUCACAUGCAGAUCAAAAGGUAUAAGCAUUCCUACCUUUAAUACAUUAAGAAGUAAUGUUCUUGUCCGA